AUGAACGAAGAAAAAAGUAUCUAUCCCGCUUCCUAUCUAGACCGCCUUAAUAACCUGAUUACUAAUCAUUUUAACCACCUUUGCCCCAUUAAAAAAGAUUUCCACUUAACUUUGUCCGGAAUAUCCCGUCUGGUCAUGCUGGACCGCUACUCUCAAAAAGAUAAAGAACGAAAAACUUUACAAAUAGGAGAUAUAGUUCUGACUGUAAUUAAACCGGACCCAAAAUUCCCCAGCCGAGUGGCCCGCACCAUGGCUAAUCAAGAAAAAGAAGAAAAAUUGCGAGAAAAAUAUUUUCACGCUUUCUACGAGCAAAUAAAAAAUUUCAAAAUUGUGCCGGCUGGUCGGAUACUCCAUGGUUCCGGCAGCCAAAAUAAAGUUACUUAUUUUAAUUGCUAUGUCAUGCCUUACAUUCCCGAUUCACGCAAGGGAAUUGCCCGCCACCGGGAAGAAGUAAUGGAAAUCAUGUCCCGAGGAGGUGGCGUUGGCAGUAAUGGAAGCACUUUACGACCCAAGGGGGCACUGGUUCAAAGUGUAGGAGUAGAACAAGGCGGCUCUCGACGGGGCGCCCAAAUGAUUAUGUUGGCCGAUUGA